CGAUCUUCAGUCUUUUCCCAGCCUCCGACCAUCCAAGUUACGUCAGUGAGACUCACUAUUUUCAUACAACUUCAUGGCUUGCAUAGCCAUCGCCUUAUAAAAAUCCAUGCAUUUUUAGUCGUUAAGUUUGCAAAGUUUUAUGUAAUCAAAAACCAUUGAAAGUGAUCUUUAAGCACAUACCAGUUUUAAUAAGAGUAGAACAAACAUAAAUUUACAAAUGGAUCUCUUAUAAAAUAGUGGAAAACUAGGAAAAUUACUGAACCGAAUUCGUAGGGGGGUUUGUAGUUGAUCGUGUUGUAUGUAGUUUGCAGCAACAAACAAUGAACUCUUUUGUGGAUGAGAUCGACGCGGACUUUAUGUCAUGACUUGAAGCGAAUCGCUCUUGUUCAACAUUCGGAAGUGCAGUUUUGAGGUGAUUUAACUAAAUCCACGUGCAAUAUCUUAUCAAGAGUUCAAUAUGUACAACCAUCACAAAAGGAUGCUUCCAAAAAGGGAAGAUGCAUACAGAACGGAGUUCCCAGGAAAUUAUAAUAAUUAUAAUUAUUCUAGUUCAUCCGUUUACUCUUACUCACCGACGAGUACAAGUGAUUGUCCAGAACACGGCAGGUCCCGCAGGUCACGGAGAACAACGUGGAUUUUGGUGACUUCCGUGGUGCUGGCCACAUUGGGUGUCUUGAGCAUUGCUGGUCUAGCUGCAUACCUUGGAAUAAUAUCCAAGAACAUUAGCAAUAACGCAAGCCUGUAUGAGGAAUCAUAUCUUCAAGGAAAUACGACCAGUACGAGCCGAGGGGUGGAGACGUCGGAAGAGGACGACGAUAUUCUGCACAAUCAUGGAAGGUCAAGAGAAGAGUCUGGCUUUAUUGACUUGACGAACUCAGUGUCAGAUGUAAAUACUGGGCUGGUGCCAGGGGAUGAUGAUCUGAUCAAUCGUAGGGUAAAAGAGCCCGAAAUUGUGGCUGAUAAUUUCAUCAAGUAUAAAAAUACCGUUUCCCGUCCACCCGAAAUAGUUCAUGGGACUAAAAUUAAGCCAAAUUCAAACCCACCAAUUCAAAUUUCUGCAAAGCCAGUCAACGUAAUUGUACAAAGCACCAGUGUAUCAUCCUCCUCCUCGUCCUCCUCAUCAUCAUCUACAACAACCUCAAACUCAAAUUCACCUUCUCCAUCAUCUUCAAUUAACUCAAAUUAUUAUAAUCCGGUUGAUAUGAUUCCUCCUCCAGUCCCGUCUUCCUCUGGUGGCGGUGGUCCAGAGAACGUUAUCACGUACUUUACGGAGGAACCAACUUCCUCAAGGACCCCGACUAGGGCACCUUCCAGGGGAAAUGAUAGAAAUCGGCAUCGGGUUCCUCUUACAAAUUCACAUUCGCUGAUGCCGUCUACCACGACCACCCAAACUAACAAUAGGGAUACGCUAAAUGAUGAAGAAAUGCAUAAAAGUAACAGUAGCACAAGGGAUACGAUCGAAUCUAGCAGUAAAGACAAAGAUGGUGGCUCUAAUACUGGGACUUCAUCUUCCUCUUCUGGGGACGUUCGAUACAGAAGCACAUUGCACAAAACGAGUAAACCAACAAGUGGUCAUUCUGGAGGCGUUCGUGAGAGCAUUGUUCACGUCACUCCUUCCGAUGCAAAGGCAAAUAGAGCUGGUUCGCAACAGAGCAAAGAUGGUCAUAAGUACGAUCAAAAUGCAUUUGCAAAACGACAUGGCCUUGUUGAUGACCACGAUGGUGAAGAUGUUGAGAAUAGUAACCCUCAACGAGACACUCUAAUGUUACAUAACAGCGAUGAUAACCAGAAUAAUCACCGUCACAAAAAUAAUCAAGAGCCCAACACCUCGGACGAAUUUGGUAAAGGUGAAGAAGUCUCGACAAGCACUGUCAAGUUUCAUUCGCCAACUCCUUCUUCCUCGCAACAAGGAGCUAUGCCUAAAAAUAAAUCUGAAUAUUUUAUGCCAAUUACACCAAUCAUUAGUUCGGAGAGACCAGAGGAACCUAAUGAAGACUUGCUAAAUAAUCACAAAAUGCCGAUAAGUUUUGAUCGUAUUUCGCCCGAUUUUUACGACAAGAACCCUUGGACCCCGUUACUUGACCGUCCCAAUAUGGAUAAACGACCCAGAGUGGACAUUAGCAGACCAUCGUCAACAUCACCACAAGGCUACACGACAUCUUCACCAGAGCCGAUAAUUGUUUGGAAUACAGAAUAUUCUCACAACGAUAAUUAUAAUGAAGAAGGUUUGCGUGCAAAUUCUUCGCCAGCACCACCAGCAGCAUCACCACAAAAUUAUUAUGGUUAUGGCCACACUGCUCCUGGUCCUUUUUUUCCAAGCAAUGGCAACAAGGAGAUACGGAACCAAAAUGCAAAACCAACUUUAGAGUUCGAUGACAAUGAGCCCAUUAGUCAUGGUAUAAACACGUACUCUUCUUCAAAGCCAACUGCUACGAGUCCGACUCACACAAAAUCAAGUCAAGAGCAAAUGACUGUCCAAGUUGGUGUCAAUAAUACUACAAAAAAGGGAGGAGGAACGACAACAGUGGUUGAACCAUCAUCGUCUUAUGUCGAGGAAACAACGGGUGGUUUCCGACCUCUUGCAAUUCCUUCCUACACCGUGAUUAUUCCUCACAUUCCUAAUUCUCCACCAAAAAAUGGGCAUGAGCAAGGAAAAGGGGUCACUAAAGGUAGUCAAAAACCCGAAAAUGCGGAGGCAGAGACCGACCGAAACUUGAACACUUCCGUCCAAUUUGACAGAGUUGGACUCGUUGAGUUGGAUGAGGAGGACAGUGGUGAGAAAGUCCAAAGAACGCCCGACGACAAGAGGAGGCAGAGUAGUGACGAUAAUGUUAACUAUCGGCCGAAUGAGCACAAGACCGAUAAUGACCACGGCAAUGUAGAAAAUGACAUGGCAAAAAAUGAGCCGGAAGACAUUAAGGAAGAGGAUUACGGGGACAAUGACGAGUUAAGCGGUGGCAAUCCAUCACCAACUAAAAUCUACAAGUUGGACCCAGAUAAUAUAGAUAUUGUUCCGGAUACUUUAGGGGACACUAACACUCAUGUGAUGGAAUCGCAAGAUCUCAAAAAACCCAACAGUACAGCCACAGAAAGCGACCGUCUCAUCAAUCACGACUCGUCAAGUGAAAAAAAUAAUUUCUAUUACCACCUCCACCACUCUGCCGAGCAAGAGACUACUCCCAAAAUGCCGGAUCCUAUUAUCAAGUCUACCACAGAUUUAAUCAUGAGUACACUUGGAAGCCUUAACCUCAUCAAAUCCUCACCGACAGCCCAGGCACAGCGAGAUGACGUCGAGUCUAAACUGAGAGCUUCAGACUUUGCAGAAAGUUCAGAGUCGAUGGAAGUCGACGACGACAGUAAUGACGAUCAUGAUGGUGGUGAGGACAAUGACGAGCCAGGGGUUGAUUCCCCCCUUUUCCCCCCCGUAAGGUCAUAUGUCGGUGUUAAUCUCCCCCUUCGUCCAAAACCCUCUCCAGCCUCAUUAACGGAAGAGGAUUCUGGACCAAAUAAAAAACUACGAAUGUCCAAUGAUCAGGGGUCAAUGCGACCUGACUUUAACGCCGUGUCCAAUUUACAGAAGGUACUUUCCAUGAUGAUGAAAUUUGAGGGAGAAGAUGAAAGUAGAGAUUUGAAGGCGGAUAUCACUCCGAGUGUCAAUGUGACCAAGCAGAAUGUCAAUUUGAUUUUGGCCAAAAUCAACGAGCCCACCGUUACAACUACAGCGUUACCUUCUCCCACAACUACGUCAACACAUCGAGAACAAAAAUCGUACAAAAAUCGACAUUCCAAAAUUGAUGAGCAAUUUGCUCCACCGUCGAAUGUUGAACAUAUCCCAGUGCCCUUAAUAGUAACAGAGCCACCAAAAAUCCCUAUUGUGGGAAACCUGCCAAGUAAUAAAAUGACAUUAACUAAUGUCACAAUCAAUGAUCAGAAUUCACCGGUGUACAAGUUCGUGUUGCGUCAAGGCCAAGCAGUUGAAGAUUUGCUGAAAGAAAUUUUCUUAAACUAUACGGAUAUUCAGGGAGAAGGUGAUUCUCCAUCAACGACCGAGUUUCUCACUCAAAUAAGCGCAUCAAGGCCUAGCACGUCGUUAAAAAAUUCUUCCUCGUUGAAAUCGAUUUCAAAUUUUCACAAUUUAAACGACAAAUCGAAAACAGAGCAAACAACGCAAAAUGCAAUUGGAGUGACUUUUGCCAGUGUCAAAAUCAACCAUCCUCAUCUUAGACCACUCUCACAAUCAAUGAUGACCACGACAUCCUCAUCUAUCCGAACUUCUGAUGCUCCCGUACAGACAUCAACGUCAAUCGUGAUCAACCAAGAUGAUGAAACACUAGAAGAAUGUCCCAAAAACAUCACUUUCACAUGCGUGUCCACUGGAAGAUGCAUCCCGUCAUAUUUGAGAUGCAACUUUAUCAAAGAGUGUCCCGAUAAUUCUGAUGAGUCUAAUUGUAGUUGUGCCGACUUUCUUAGAGCCAAUGGCAAUGGGAGAAAGCUUUGUGAUGGCGUUGUUGAUUGUGCGGAUGGAAGUGACGAGUAUCAAGUAUGCGAAUACUGCAAACCAGGUCAAUAUAUUUGCUCCGGCUCCAGAAGCUGCAUCAACAAGACACAAAUUUGUGACUCGAAGCGAGACUGCCCGAAUGGUGAUGAUGAGAACGAUUGCGUGAAAAUUGGACAGUCUCAAAUUCCUGAGGGAACUGACCUAGAAGAACUUUCUUCGACGUACAAUAAGAAUGGGCAUUUAAUGGUUCGAAAGAAAGGAGUUUGGGGAAAGUUGUGUGUAGACACGUUCAGCUCUGUCGUUUCUCACUGGGAAGUCAAGGACUUGGCAAGAGCAGUGUGCAAGGCGUUGACAUUCUCUGAUUUUGACUCCGUGGAGCGCAUCCAAGACAAAUCCGUCAACAGCAGCACGCCGUACUACGAACUCUUUUAUGGAGUGUCGAACAAUGACACGGACGAUUCUUCGCCAUCCAGUGACGAUGAGCCCUACUCGUCGGAAUCGACUCCAAGGGUCGGACUAGGUUUUAAGACAACCGAGUGCAAGUCAAAACUUGUUGUGAACGUGACAUGUCAAGAUCUCCAGUGCGGUACUGCGCCCAAAUCCUUUACCCAGACUUCAAGGUAUAGAGUUACAAGGAUCGUGGGUGGGUCAAAUUCAAAUCCAGGGAACUGGCCUUGGCAAGCAGCAUUGUAUAAGUCUGGGUCUUAUCAAUGUGGAGCUACCUUGAUCUCAUCCCGGUGGCUGUUAUCGGCCGGACACUGUUUUUAUAAUGCUCAAGAUGACUACUGGGUUGCAAGGCUUGGGACCUUGCGCCGAGGCGCCGCGGUGCUCUCCCCAUACGAACAAGUUGUCAAAAUCACGCACAUUUUCCUUCAUCCAGGAUAUCAAAAUGUUGGGUUUGUCAACGACGUAAGUUUAUUGAGACUCGAGAAAGAGGUCAAUUUUACCGACUAUGUGAGACCAGUUUGUCUUCCUUCACGAGAAAACAAAAUUCGUGAUGGCCGAAUGUGUACCGUUGUGGGUUGGGGUCAACUACAAGAAGUUGGACGGAUUUUUCCUGAUACGUUACAAGAAGUGCAGUUACCUCUAAUUUCUACUUCAGAGUGCCGCAAGAGAACAUUGUUUCUUCCCCUGUACAAAUUGACAGACGCAAUGUUCUGCGCUGGUUUCGACCGAGGUGGUCGUGAUGCAUGUUUGGGAGAUAGUGGUGGUGGAAUGAUGUGUCCAGAAAAUGAUGGACGAUGGUCAAUCUAUGGAGUAACAUCCAAUGGUUACGGCUGCGCUAGGGCUGCACGGCCUGGUGUUUAUACAAAAGUGGCGUCCUAUUUGGACUGGAUUCAUGAAAAGAUGAGUCUCGAGAAUUCGUUUGCUUUCAAAGAGAAACCCAAACAUUGUUCUGGUCAUCGGUGUUUGCUAGGAGAAUGUUUAGAAAAGAGACAAGUUUGCAAUGGAAUUGUGGACUGCAUCGAAGACAACGGGAGCGAUGAAAGAGGUCCGAACUGCACCACCCACUUAGGACUUGCAGCAACCUAGAAAUAUCUCCAAUUAACACCUAGUUUCCUAAUUGAAAAGAAUAAUAUUUUGCCCAUCGAGCUAUGCAGAAUGUACGAGCGAGUAUUUUGACCACGUAUUAACGUGGGUUCGUAGACUGCAAAGGCAACCAAAUGUACUUGAUUAUGACUCACUACAUUAAUACUGUAUUGUGCAAUUGCUUAAUUAUGCUUAAAAGAGUCAGCUUAAAUCUCACUAGUGUUAUAAGUACCUGCUUUCACCAAUGAGGGGAGGGAGGUCAGAGGGGAGACUUUUUUUAAAUGAUGACAGAGUUACCUAAACUGUUUUGAGGGGUGAAAUUGUGAUAUUGUUGUUAUAUUACGUUAAAGCAUUUAUUUACAUACAUAAAACAACCAUAAACUUUUUUUUAUUUAAUGGAAAAUGUUGUUUAAUAGUUUGGGGGUGGUAUUUAAGUAAUUAUAGACGGGGGUUCCACUAUUUAUUUAUUGUUGUAAAGUAUCGUCGUGGUUUAAAACACUACAAAAAAGCAAAUGAUAGGAGGCUUUAAUGUAUGCUAAUUUAACAAUACUACUGUUUGUUAAUACUGAAAAGAAUCUGCCAUUAUACGACAAUUAGUUUACGCUUUGUCUCCUACUUGAAUAAGAGCGUCUUUUCUAAGAGUUGUUAAAAACUUAUUGUUGUUGUAGUAUGUUAUGUUCUCACAAUCUUAAGACGAUUUAUGUAUCCACAUCAUGCCCAAUCUUAAGAGAGCUCAAAAAACCAAAGCAAAAAAUAAAUAUGACAACAUUUCUGAUUCACACAACUUUUUUACACUCAAAA